AUGGAGUCGGAAAAGAAAAAAAGGGCAAUGAGGGAGAAGCUAAGGGCUUAAAUAAUGAGUUUAGGAACCAAUUCUCUCUCCUUUAAGCAUUCUUCUCACGCUCUGCAAUUCGGCCGCCUCUCUCAUUGGAAGAGCCUUGUUCAGCAAACAGAUUAUUUUAGAGCAUCAUCUGUAAGGCUUCUCUGCAGAAAGAGGAAUUCGCGAUUCUUCGCUAUGCUGAAUGGUGAUGAUAAUCAGGUAGAAAAUGAAACAGGCACUGUCAGGCAACUGCUUGCGAAAUUGUGUAAGGCCUCACUAAGAGCGACUUUUCCAGAUGACUUGGAGUUGGAGCCAUUGGUUGCUAUAUGCACGGGAAAAUUUGGCGAUUAUCAAUUUAACAAUGCUAUGGGUAUCUGGUCGAAAAUUAAGGGACAGCCUGGCCCAUUUAAUAAACCUUUUUCUGUUGGAGAGGCAAUCAGGAAAACUCUUCCACCUUCUGAUAUGAUAGAAAGCACCUCUGUGGCAGGUCCUGGAUUUGUGAAUGUUGUUUUAUCGAAGCCAUGGAUUGCUAAGAGAAUACAUGCGAUGCUAUUGAAUGGCAUUGGAACCUGGGCACCUGUGCUUUCUGUCAGGAGGGCGGUGGUUGAUUUUUCCUCACCAAACAUUGCCAAAGAAAUGCAUGUUGGCCACCUUAGGUCAACAAUAAUUGGAGAUUCUUUGGCCCGAAUGCUGGAGUUUUCUAAUGUUGAAGUUCUUCGGCGAAACCAUGUUGGUGAUUGGGGUACUCAGUUUGGCAUGUUGAUCGAGUACCUGUUUGAAGAGUUCCCUAACUGGGACGAUGCUGGUGAACAAGCCAUUGGAGAUCUUCAGUUAUUUUACAAGGCUUCCAAAAAGAAAUUUGAUGAAGAUAACACCUUCAAGGAAAGGGCACAACAGGCUGUCGUUCAACUGCAGGGUGGAAGUCCCAAUUAUAGGAGAGCAUGGCAACAGAUUUGCGAAAUCAGCCGUAGGGAGUUCGAUCAAGUAUAUCAACGUCUCGGAGUUCAUCUGGAGGAGAUGGGGGAAAGUUUCUAUAGCCCUUAUAUCCCUGGGGUUCUACAUGAAUUGGAUAACAAAGGAUUGAUUCAGGAAAGUGAUGGUGCAAGAGUUAUCUUUCUCGAUGGCUACAACAUUCCUUUGAUUGUCGUGAAGUCAGAUGGAGGAUUUAACUAUGCUUCUACUGAUCUUGCAGCUCUUUGGUACCGGAUUAAUGAAGAGAAAGCGGAAUGGAUCAUAUAUCUAACCGAUGUGGGUCAGUCACAACAUUUUGAGAUGUUCUUCAGUGCUGCCAAGCGUGCCGGUUGGCUUCCACAAGAUGGUGGAUACCCAAAAACAACACAUAUUGGAUUUGGCCUUGUACUUGGUUCGGAUGGCAAACGUUUCAGGACUCGGAGUUCUGAAGUUGUACGUUUGGCUGAUUUACUUGACGAAGCCAAAGCUCAAAGUAAAAAGCAGCUUAUUGAGCGAGGUAGAGAAGAUGAAUGGACUCCCGAGGAGCUUGAAGAAGCUGCUGAAGCUGUUGGUUAUGGUGCUGUAAAGUAUGCAGACUUGAAAAAUAACAGGUUGACGAACUACACAUUUAGUUUCAACCAAAUGUUGGAUGUCCGGGGCAAUACAGCUGUUUACCUGCUAUAUGCACAUGCUCGUAUCUGUUCUAUCAUAAGGAAAUCAGGCAAAGAUGUGGAAGAGCUAAAGAUGACUGGGAGUAUCCAGUUGGACCAUGUCAAUGAAUGUAUUUUAGGAAUCCAUUUGAUCCAAUUUCCAGAGAUUGUCGAGGAUGCUAUCACAAAUCUUCUUCCCAACACGCUCUGUGAAUAUCUCUACAAUUUGUCAGAAAUAUUCACGAAAUUUUAUUCCACAUGCCGGGUGGUAGGAUCGGAGGAGGAGACGAGCAGGUUGUUGCUGUGCGAAGCCACGGCUGUUGUGAUGAGGCAGUGCUUCUAUUUGCUUGGGAUUAAGCCUCUCUACAAACUUUAACAACAUUUUUAACACACUUUUCUUUCAUUGGAAAAUAUGUAUGCUAAUUAUGUAGUAUUGGGUUUCAUAUCAUUUUGUCCGAGAAAAUCAGCUGUUUUUCUUCUUGCUGAAAAUGUACUUAAAAUCUCCAAUAGAUUUUUGGCUUUGAUCUCUUCCCAUGAAUUUCACUGGCUACCAACUUUGUUUUGGGAGCAUGUUUCGAAGAUGGAGAGAGAGGGAGAGAGAGAGAGAGAGGAUACCUUGUCCUCAAACGAAUAGGAGAGGGGUUGGGGGGGAGUUGGCUCGAAUGCGUUUCGAUGAAUGUGGAAAGGGGUGUGUGUUUUUGUGUGUAUGUGCAAGAGAGAGAGAGAGAGAGAGAGAGACCGGCUGGAUAGAUUUAGGUGUGUAUGCUCAGAGCUGAGCUAACUCUUUCCUCCAUCGGGUGAAUGGGAUUCAUUUGAAUAUUGUAAUUGAAUAAUUUUUUUCGUUGAAGUGUAAGGGGUUUUGAGUAUAUAUUU